ACUCACAUUCCUCUAUUGAUGUAAAUUGAGAAAUGGGCGUGCACGUUACUUCCUUCAAGCAAUUUAGUAUUCAUUUCGGGAACUGAAAUAAAAGGCAUGUGGAUGUCGGUAAUUUUAACAGAGUGUGCGUAAAUUGGUUCUGGGCCAAAUUCACUAUCGAAAUAGCUUCCCAAUAAAGUGCAGGCAUCCAGCCGGCUGCGCUCAGUGGAUCUUACCCGGAAAAAUAGUUUACCUUCUGCGGCGAAUUGGAACCGGAUCUUCGAACCGCUUGACAAUCUCCAGAUGAAACUCUUUGGGCUCGCUCUGCUGGUCUCUCUGGCCGACGCUCAAAGUCCGAUUGUGAAGACAAAGGAAAAAAUAACAGCAGUUUUCGGAGAAAGACUUUCCUUCACUUGUACAACAAAUUUAAAUGAUAUUCUACAGGUGACCUGGCAAAAGUUAAAUGGUCAAACAGAGGAAAACAUCGCCAUCUACAAUGAAAAAAUUGGACCCAAAGUAUUUGGACCAUUUAUGGAUAGGGUGUCUAUUUUGACAUCAAAGCUGCAAGAAUCCACCCUUGUACUUUCUGGAGUGAGAUAUGAAGAUAAAGGAUGUUAUCAGUGUCUCUUCACGACAUUCCCAGCUGGAUCAAAUAUUGGGAAGACCUGCCUGAAUGUACUUGCAAAAAGUCCACAUGAAGAGACUCAAGAGAAUAAGACAGCAGUAAUAAGUGCAAACGUUAACUUCAGCUGUACAACACAAUUAGAAAAUAUUCAACAGGUUAUCUGGAAAAAGCUAAGAGGUGAAUCUGAGGAAAAUAUCAUCAAAUUUAAUGUAAAACUCAAUACAUUUGAGAAACGUGAUAAAAGAGUUUCUUUUAUAUCAACAAAUGAGUCAGUGUACACAAUAGAACUAUCUGGAAUAAAGCUUGAAGAUGAAGGAUGUUAUCAAUGUCUCUUUAAUACAUCUGAUAUUGAUUCAAGCUCUGGCAAGACCUGCCUCACUGUAACUGCACAUGCAUCACAAUUUAGAACAGAACGUUAUUUUUGGAUUAUUUUAGGACCACUGGCAAUUUCUAUAGUUUUUUAAUGUUGUGUUUCCACUGGAAUAAGAACACAAGAAGCUAAUAAAAGAGUUGCAUCUUAUUUGAAGAUUAAGAAAUCUUGUUCAACAAUGGCAGCUCAAAUGACAGAGCAGGAAAAAUCAGUCAUCUGAUUACAAGCACUUUGACACCAAAACAAAAUUUACACAAAGAUAAAUAUUAAAAUAUGCUGCUUCUCUAUGUAUUUGUUAUUCCCUUAUAAGAUUGCCAGAGAAUUUGAAUAAAAUAUUGCACAGUGGGUAAUUGCAAUUAAACAUUUACUGUAUAUCAUUCAAAUGUAAUUCCUUUUAAAAUAAUCUCAAUAUUGUGACCAAUUGUUUUUAAAUAGCUAAAAUCUGUCUUAACAAGACUUGGGAAAAAAGAUUUUUUAUUUGUUUACAUCUGAAAUGUAAAUUUGAUGUAUUAAUAUAUUGUCAAGAUCAUUUCUUUAUUCAGAAGCUAUAUUUGUUUAUUUUCACAAAUAUCUUGCUGGUUUAAUUUCUAGUAACUAUAUCUUAUUACUAAAAUAUCAAAUGUUGCAUUCUGUAAGUAACUUUCUUAUCAGUUUUAUUUAGGAAGUUGUAAUUGUCUUUUUGAGUUGUCAGUCAUCUGCAUGUAACAUUCAGUUUUUUUCUGUGUAUGUUUUACUGUUAGUAGGUAUAAUAUGAAGAAAAGAAAAAAAUUAUUACUUAGCUUUGAACAUUUAACAUAAAGCACAUCGUUUUAUUCCCAGCUGACUGUUCAAUUCUGUACGUUGGAAAAUUGAUGUAACUAACUUCAUCAAAACUUCCCAUGAGGAACGUUAUAACCAAAAGGUAACAUCAUACAACUGUGUGCUCGAUAGACCAAUGUUUGAGCAUACUUAAUAAGGCGAUUAAGUUUAACCACAUAAUUGUUGUGACUAAAGUUACAUGUAAACCAGAAUAUGUAGAAGCAUUAGG